AUGCGGACUGCCUUGUCUGCGUUUAAUAGUGGAUGGCGAGAGGCUGAUGAUGAAGAAGAUAUCAUUGUUAAAGUGCGCGUGCGCGAGUUCUACAUCGCGAUGCAGCGUUGCCCUUACAUCCACGAGAUGAAGGAGCGACUGCUAGGCGCGCCUGUCGAACCUGAGCAGAAAGAGGCUCCACGCGUUGAGCCACAAGAAACGCAGGUCGGCACCAUCGUCAAACUGAAUUCCGACGGGUACGGGUCCCAUACUUCGCCGGCGCGUGCGCCACUCGUCACAGACGAGUGUGAUGCAGCGCCGGACGAAAUCGAAGCUCUCACUCCUACUGAGACUGUGCUUCGAUACAGAGCUUGCUGUCAACCUGAAAAUACUCCUAAGAAUGCCAAAACCUCACUCUUUAUCAUCUCGAGUUUCAUCUACGCCAAGCUUCUCGUCGUGGUGUGUGUAGCCUACGUCAUCAGUGAUGUUAUCACACACAAUCUGCCCCUUUAUUACUACGAGGGCUUCUUCACUUACCUUUAUGGCAUGAGCAUUUUGUUUUUGUUAUACGUCUUCUGCUUCUUACUACAAGAGAGUGCAUGCUGCAGUGGCAGUCCUCCUAAACCCAAACCUCCUCCAAAAGCUAAGAAGCCUAAGAAAGAAAAAGAAAAGAAAACCAAAGACAAAGAAUCUAAAGAAGGCAAAGAUGGGAAAGAUGGCAAGAAAGAUAAGAAAGAAGGAAAGUCUAAAGAAAAAGGCAAAGACAAGGAUGCCGAAAAAGAAAAGCCCUGUAAAGAAUCCAAGAAACAAAGCUUUCAGCAGCAACAACAACUACAAACACAAGACAUUGAGGAACUAGAAGCAGGACCCGUAGCCAGGCCCGCGCGUAGGCGCAAGACUUCUCAAAACGACCACAGUCAUGGCAGUUUCUUCCUUAGGAUCGGUGCUAUUGCUUUUGGGCUGGGCACUAUGAUUUACAACGGUUUGGAAUUUGGUACUUUCUUUGAAUUACCUUUGGACUCCCCGUGCUACCUCAUCCUAAAAGGAGUUAACCCUGUACUGCAAAUGGUCUUUACCUUUAUGCAAAUGUACUUCAUAUUUAUGAAUUCACGGUUGAACAUACAUCGAUUUAAAGUAAUAGCCCGGUUUGGAUUAAUGCAUGUAGUUGCAACGAACAUUUGUGUUUGGAUUCGUACUUUGGUACUAGAAUCGUUAAAAGAAAUCACCGACUAUCACGUUAAGAAUCCCCAGGGUAUUUCUGAAGAAGGCGUACUUGGAAAAGUCAUCCGUAAGCAUACUCUGAGGCAUUCAGGAAAAGUGUUCGGUGCUGCUUCCACUGCCGCUACAAGUAUCGCAUCUACUGUUUUAACCACCGCUAAAACUGCUGGAGAGCAACUAAUGAACGUUGUCAGCUCCACGUCCACCGCUGCUCCUAUCACCACUCCCGGCACAAUGCCUAAUUCAUCAGAAGUCUUUGAGUCGUAUGAUGCCAUCAGCCCAGCUGCACUGAUCGCUAAUAUCGAUAACACGACGGUGUGCGGCCGGAACCCAAUUAUGGGUACUAUCGUUACUGACUCGGCGCCCUAUUUAUAUCCGUUCAUCAUUGAGUACUCACUCAUCGGCGCCGCUGUCAUUUAUGUGAUGUGGAAACAUAUUGGUCGUUAUCCCAGCGUGGCCAACGAUGAAGAUCUGGAAAGACGUCUGGAAGCUGUUCUCUCCCGCAGGGCAGCAGCGCUAGCAGCGGCACAACGUGGAAAUCGAGUAGAUUGCGCUGGAGCUUCAAAGGGACUCUUCUGUGGCCUUCUACUGUUGGUGGCGUCACUGAUUUGCCUGAUACUUUUCUUCGUUCUGAUAAGACACCACGAGUUGAAGCGCUUGUCGAUCUAUUUGGCAGAUGUAUCUCACUGCGCUCUGAUGGUUCUCUCCAUUCUGGCGAUUCUAAUUGGAUUUAUUCGUGGUCGUGUAAUGAAAUGGAGCAAUACUCCUUCCUCCUGUACCGAGCCUCUUCGCAGGGUGCAAUCUUUGAAGUUCCGCUCUGAAGAACAAUCUGACUUGAACGACAUUCUGCUGCGUGUGUCGGCGUUCGGUCUGUUCGUGUAUGCUGUGUUCAGCGUCAUCGCUGGUGGAAUGGGCGCCUUUACACACGAACCAAAUCUUCUGGUCAUGAUUACCGGCUGUUUGAGUGUGCUUCAGGUAGUCCUUCAAUUACUAUUCAUCGCUGAUGUAUCCCGUCGUCGAGUCCAUUUGCCAGAACAGGAACGCAGCAAGCCCGCCCGUCAAGCCGUCACCUUCCUUCUUAUUUGCAAUGUUACCAUGUGGCUCAUUUACACUUUCGAGGCCCAAAAAGUCCUGGCCAAUCCUGUACAACUGGAUUUCUACGGUUUCGUAGCUUGGUCACUUGUUCAACGUUUCACUCUACCCCUUUGUAUUUUCCACCGUUUCCACUCAGCUGUCACUCUGGCUGAAAUAUGGAAGACCAGUUACAAAGCGCGCCUGGAGUGA